AUGACGGUCAAGAAGAUUCUCUCGAGGCGUUCUUUGGGAAAACAGGAGGACAAGGAUUACCGACGCCAAAGAUCCAUUCGUAUGAAAUCACUCCCGGAUGAAGAUGCGGGUGUUGUCUUUUGGGAAGACUUCUGCGACCUUCAUGACUGGCCCAAGACGCCAACCACCGCAAACAUACACAGAUAUAUUGAAGUGUUUGUAAACGAUGAGGAAAAGAAGAUCAAUCGGAGACGGGGCUUGACCAAGGGCGACAAGGGUUAUCUCAGCGGUCAUGACUUAUUCAUCAAGCCGGUCUUACGGUUCAAGGCUCGGCUUUUAACCGCUCAGAACGCGGCGGCGAAUCCUGCUGUUGUGGUUCACGCGUCACCACCACCAAAAAAGCCAUCGGAUGGCAACGGCCAAGCAGACGAUACACCCUGGGUUUCAACAAGCUCUAACAACAACAGCAACAACAACGACAAUAACAAGAGACCUAUGUCCGCAUCUAAGGAGAGUCAGCCCGACAUAUUUGCUAUCGCGGAAAUCGCCUGGCUCGUUUCCAGGUUCUUGGACGCCGUAGAUCUUGGUCGACUUUGUCAAACCAGCAAAGGCCUCCAAAAUGUCUUUCACUCUAUACUCUGGUACCAUUACGUCUUUACGGAAGACGACUGCCUAACGGAGGCUCUUGAUCGGAACAUGGCGUACCUGCGUUCACUUGACCUGGAGGUUGGUCUCUCGGAUCCCGAACUUUUCAAGGUCUUUGGACGAUGCGAUUCACUUACCCGACUACACGUCUGCGCCGAUGACGAUGAUUUGGACGACUUUUGCGAUGACCGCAACAAGAAGAAGUACUUGCAUCCAUUGAUUUCAACUAUUGGUCGACAACACCAUCUGACGCAACUGGAGCUCAAUACCCUGCUUGUGUGGCGAUAUCCAGAGACUUUCUUGCCAGCGUUCCUGGCCUUGCAACAAUUGCAACUACUGCGUGUCUACAUGUCCGUUAAAGGUCCAACGAUUCCCACGGCUCUCCAGAUGGUUAUGGACCUACUGAACAAGCAUCCGCGACUGGAGGCGAUUCUUUUUGGAGAUUGGUGCUGCAGUGAAGAUUCCGAUGACGAACGCAGUUAUUAUUCGGAUGAGGAUCACAGUCAUUUUUCUGACGGGGAUGAGGACGAGGAUGAAAUAGGAAAUCAGGAGAUGGAUACUUUCAACGAGCUUGAGCGUCAGUUGAGGGCAGAUGGAUAUCCUAUGAUUACCAAGUUGGAGCUACCUCCCCGCCAGUAUCGCCCUUAUCCAGCUACCUUUUUAGAGCCCCUUUUCCGCUCUGGCCUACCCAACCUUCGAUCUCUCAGACUUCCUAGAGCAGAAACAACCACGGCCAGGGACCUUGGCCUUGUCAUUCGAUCGGGAUGUCCAAAACUACAGCAUUUCACUUUCUCACCUGGAACCGACAAUUGUGACGCCUUCCCUGAGAUAUACAAUGUUCUCGAAAACUGUAACGCGCUUUCAUCGAUAUCGGUUACGUGUGCCUCAAUGCUCAACAAACGAUAUUUCUGCCCGCAUGCUGAUACCCUAACGGUCCUGAUCCUGCCAUCUUUCAAGACGAUCUCGAGCGCGAUUCUCCACCAGGUUCUGUUGCGGUGCAGUGCGCUGAAGGUUCUCCGUCUCGAGAAGGGGUUUUCCGGUUAUGCCACGGCCUAUAAGGACAUCGAUUUCAAGACCGGACGAUGGAGCUGCGCGGGUUUAGAGGUCCUGUGGCUGUUUGACUGUGUAUUUUUUGGACCACGACGUGUGGGAUCACCUUCGCAAGGCUACAAGGACUACACGGAAUCGAGAAGGCACUUUUGGACUCAAGUCGGACAUUUAUCGAAACUGCAAGAGCUUGUAAUCGGUAGUACGAAGGCGGCUAGCACUUCAGACGUGUACUGGACAAAGGAGCUGAGGCUUGGAGGUCCGAUUAAAAAAGGGCAAGACGAGAAGGACGACAGUCGCGCGGCGGAGGAAAAUCCGGGACUGUUGCACCUGCUGCGUGGACUCAGGAACCUACGUGUUCUACGAGUGCGGACUGACAAAUGGCCGCGGUGGGUCUUGCCAGACCAAGCCGAGGUGGAGUUUAUGGAACUGAAUUGGCCGUGUCUCCGCGAGUUUUCGUAUGUCAACAGUCACCAUGGCGCUAAUGGAUGGUUGCUUGAGAAUGAACCUCAAUGGAAAUGGCUCAAGCUCCGUCGGCCGGGACUUGUGGUCAAAGGAUGUCAUCGGUGUCGAAUCCAUAAGAAUAUUAUGGAUGACAACGCAGGCCAUGAUCUUUUGAUUGAGGCAUCGCAUGUACCGGAGCUCGCAUGUUCAGUUACUUUUGGCAAUGACUUGAGCAUUAAUACCCUUUUCUGGGUUCAGGGUUCUGGCUCAGGCCUGAAGGAUAGCUCGACCAAACUUGAGUGCUUUGAGUUUCCAGGGUGGAUAGGUCUCGAAUCGAUCAAGGCGUACGUUUCUCGAGUGCGGAGGUGCCUGCUGAAUGACGAAUCAAGGCGGGUCCUUGACGAGAGUCUUCCGCAGGAUGCACUCGACAUGCUGUUCGACAAGUUUGUGGACCGCUAUCGACCAGCCAUCGUUCCCGUUCGAGAAAAUCGUGGAGCACAGCGAUCAUGGCUCAUGGAAGACACUCAUCAAGGACACGGAAGACAAGCUCGUUGCAUGGGAGCACAGGACCAUCAAAGGCGCUGCUUUCGGCGCGAACACACGCUCGAAGUCGACAGCGUCAAUGCAUCAUUGGUAGAAUGUGCAUUUGGUCGGAUCAAGAUCGUCAACCAUCACGCCGUCACCGUUGUCGGCGAGCACUUCGUUUUCAAGACGGUGGAGAACUACUUCACCGCGACGGACCCAGGUUUUCAAACGGCUCUCAAGGAGUUGAUGGAUCGGACGGACGCAGCCACUCAGGGAAACAUCUUCGAGCGGUACAUGAUGACCGUUUUCAGCGAGACAUUCAAAUCGCGACGUCUCUCUGAUUGA